GGAAAGUUUACUUUGUUGAGCUGAGACAGAAGAUUUCCCACGAGGAUGGCGGAUACGGGUGCCCCUAUCACCUCCAAGCCGGUGUGUAAAAGCCAAAGUGCUAGUGCCAUCCUACCCAUGGCUCCGAGGGAAGAAGAGAAGCCGGGCAUGCUCACUAAAAGUAAUUCUGUUGCCCAGCUUGGGACAAACAUUUCUGCAAAUGGAUCUGCCGGGGAUGUGGCUAGAAGUAAGCCUCCCACAGUGGAUGAUGCCCCCGACAUGGUUCUGUGUGACUUUUGCUUAGAGGCAAAGGUGAAAGCCCUGAAGACGUGCCUGACCUGCAUGAUCAGUUACUGCGAAACUCAUCUCAGACCCCAUCUGGAGAAGCCCAAGCUGCAUGCCCACCAGCUGGUGAAUCCCAUAAACGACGCAGAGAUACGGAGGUGCAGCACCCAUAACCAGCCACUCGACUGGUUCUGCCAAGAGGACCUGAUGUGCCUGUGCCAAACUUGUGCCACGGAACAACACAAGGAGCACAACCCAGUCCUCUGCAGUGAGGCGAGGAAGCAGAAAGAGGCUGAAGUCAAUGAGACAGUUGCAGAGUAUGAAUGGAAAUUGAAGUCAGCUGAGAUCGCCAUAGAGAAACUGGAAGCAAACACCACAUCUAUCCAGAAUUCCGUUUUGGAAGCCAAAAGGGCAAUAGACCUUCAGUUUGCUGAUGUUCACGGCGCCGUCAAGAAAUCCCAUGACAAGGUGCGGGAGUUCUUGGAGACUAGAGAACGAGCGGCGCUGAACCAGUCCAAUGGGAUCAAGACCCACCUGGAGCAGAAGUGCAGCGAGCUGAGGAAGCACAAGGUGAAGGUGGAGAGGAUCGCGAGUCAUCGGAAUGAAUUCUCAUUUCUUCAGGAGUACUGUGAAUUUAAGAAGUCAUCGAGGGACGAAACCCUUCCCAGUGUUUAUAUUGGGCUGAAGGACAAGCUGUCGGGGAUACAAAACGUGAUUUCCGAAUCGACAGAGAAGAUCAUUGAAAUGCUGUGGACCUCGUAUAUGGACCGGCUGCAGGAGUUUGCUAAGGAAGAGGAUCUUGGGAUAAAGACAAUGGUUUCCGCCAUAGUCCCAAAAGAGCAUCGGAUCUCCGCUCCCAAACCUGCGUCACGAAACGAGUUCCUGAAAUAUAAGUCCAAUCUUACCCUGGAUCCAGUGACUGCUCAUCGGUUCCUGAGGCUGUUAGAAGACAACCGCAAAGUGUCCAACACUGCCCCUUGGCAACAUCCGUACCCCGAUGAUCCUCAGCGGUUUGAGGACUUCAGGCAGGUGCUGAGUGCUGAGAGUUUCUACCUGGGGCGCCAUUAUUAUGAGGUUGAGUUUAAAGGGGAAGAAAUUUACAUGGGCCUGACGUACAAAUGCAUCAAUAGGAAGGGUUCGGAGAGCAACAGUUGCAUCACUGGGAAUGACUUCUCUUGGACCUUAAAGUGGAAUGGGAAAGAGUUUUCUGCCUGGCACAGCGAUGUGGAAACCCCACUCAAAACAGAAAAAUUCUCCAGGGUGGGCAUCUAUGUUAACUAUGUAAGUGGCAAUAUAUCGUUUUAUGGGGUCACAGACAAAAUGACCCUCUUGCACCAAUUUGAUGGCAAAUUUACAGAACCGCUCUAUGCUGCCUUUUGGCUACCCAAGAAGGAAAGUUCUGCAGUGGUUUUAAGCCCAGAUAACAUUAUGUUACCUCCUGCUUCAUCCCCUACAGCAGCUGGCACACCUUAACAGCCUUGGCCACCAUUCAAGGAGACGGAUAUCGGAACAAUCAGACCAAAGCUUACACAAAACCCAAUGCUUUCUACAGUUACACUGUGUAUCAGUAUCCCUUCUACUUCUCACAUUACACUCACAGUUUCAUCAUAGAUUGUAAUAGCAACUGUUCUAAUGCUCAGGCAUCUUUCCAGUUCUGCUCCUGGAUUUUCAGUGUCUUUUCAUUUGUCCAACCAACUGGAUAUAGUGCACAGAACUUGUUAACAAAGGCUUUUGUACAUCACUCAUUAAAGUUUCCUUCACAAAGUAAA